AUGUCGGACCUCGAGACUGCCCUCUCGAAGCCGCCACCUGAGCAACGUGAUGGCAACAUUCAGUUUGACUCACUGCAUCCCACCAUUCGUAUCUCGGACGAGAGAUUUCGUGGCGUUGUGCAUGUUAUCUACGUUGGACGCCGAAUUGGAUCUCAGGCCAACGAAGACCUUGUCUGGGCAUCUGUGGAACCUUACGGCGUGAAAUUCACUAGAAAUAGGGUGCGCGUCAGCGCGGAAGAAUUCUUAUCCCGGCCUUACAUACUCUCCAACUGGCUACAUGCCUUGGUCAAUAAAGUGUCAGCUAUGGAUCCGAAGAAGUGGAAGAAAUGGCCGGAUAUGAGGGACUUUGUGCGAGCAGUUGUACGUCUUGUCUUGGAAGAUUGCAUUGGGGAUUCCAUGGUGCCUUUGCCGCAGUACGGAUCACCGUCCCUCAGGGACGUGAAUCGCACAAGCCACGCCUAUGUGCCUCAAUACGUCAAAGACAUCAUGCGGUUCAUGCCGGGCUUAGAGCCUCGGUAUUAUCACCCAUCCUACCCUAAGGACCAGUGUCCAUCGCCGGUUAUCAAGGAGGAUGACAUAGUUGAGGAUGCUUUGCGACCUGAGGCUAGGAGUGAAGGACAAUCUGCGCAGACAUCAAAGCAGAACACUGGGAAUGUUAAAAAGGCUGCUGGCCAUGAGGUCGAGGAUAAGGCCGUCGUGUCGUCAAAGUCGAGUUCGGUGCCCGCAGAGGCCGACUUACAGAACAGCCAGCCAGGAGCUUCGAAUGCGACCACAGCUGACAUGGCAAUCCUUUCUGAGACGGAACGCAUCAUCAUUCGCCCAGCGAAGGGAAAGGCAUUCGAGACUAUUGAAAGACAGCUUCGGGACUGGCAAGAAGGAAAGAUCGGCGAAGAUGCUUUGGAGAACACCUUUCAAGCGAACAUGGCAGAGGUUCGGCUGGCUCGACAGAUGCAAGACACCUGGAUCGCGUCCAAGAAUGCCGGUCAAAAUUCACGGAAGCGAAAGGCAGACGAGGUCGACAAUGAGGAUUCUACAGGACGGUCGAAGACACCUCGUUCAAAGUGA